UCACCAAGACGACCGUCACGGUCAUGACCGGUCAGACGUCCAGCAAGUUAGCAGACUGGUUCACCUGGUCCGUCUCAGGCAACCUCUCCGCCAUCGUCGUAACGCUCCUCAUCGCCCUCAUCCUCCCGGUCCUGAUCCACUCAUAUCUCUACCGACAAGCCGUCUCACGAGAAGCACCAAGUAUCCUCCUCGUCGGACCCAGCGGAUCAGGAAAGACAAGUCUCUUCACACUCUUCGCAACCUCCACCACCCCCACAACCCACACCUCCCAAUCCCCCCUCACCGCCAACUGCACGCUCCCCUCCCACAUCCGCUCCUCCUCCUCUCAAUUCCGCUCCGAAAACGACUCCUCCGACCGACCCACCUUCACCCUAACCGACACCCCCGGCCACGGAAAACUCCGCCACCACGCCUUCACCCUCCUCACAGCAACCCCUCAACCCAAAAACAUAAUCUUCACCGUCGACUCCGCCGCUCUAAGUUCCCCCUCUGGCCUCACCGAAGCCGCAGAAUAUCUACACGAUGUAUUACUACUCCUACAAAAACGCGCCAACUCGAGGAAAGGAAGCAAAGGCCCGGAAGAAGUGAGGGUGCUGGUGGCGGCGAAUAAACAGGAUGUGUUUACGAGUUUGCCGGAGGCGGUGGUGCGGGUGAAACUGGAAGAGGAGAUUGCACGGGUGAGAGGGGGAAGGAGUAGUGGGGUGGUGAAGGCAGGUGGGGAGGAGGGAGGGGCGGAGGAUGAAGAGGGGAAUUGGUUGGGGGAGUUUGGGAGGGAGGGGUUUGGGUUUGGGGAGGUGGAGGAGAGUGGGGUGUUGGUGAAGGUUGUGGGGGGGAAUGUUAGGGAGGGGGAGGGGGAGGGGAAGGUGGAGGGGUGGUGGGAGUGGGUUGGGGAGGGGUUGUGA